AUGCCUCCUCUCAACCUGUUGCCCACUCCACCCAACCUACUGAACCCUCCACCCAGCCUGAUGCCUCUGCCACCCUGGUUGCUGCCUCCAUGUUGCAGCAAAGCACUCCGACAUCUGAGUCUGGCUGUGGAUGGCUCAGGUGUACCAGGUAUGGACAGAGUGGACAGCCUGGCAGAUUAUCUUGUGGACCUGAGGAAUCAGCCCUCCCUUGUCCUCACCAACCAGCAGGUGAGCAAUAUUUUUGCUCUUUGGCAGAACCUGCUGGACUAUGACAAGCAGAGGGUGGUGUUUGCAGCCAGGCAUCAAGCAAAGCUGGACACUGGGAGGUUUAGGUCUCCAAAGAAGAAGCAGGAGUUUACCCCAGGAGUGGAGAGUUUGAAGAGGCAUGCCCUGACCAUCUCUGCUCCACUUGCACAGUGGCCAGAUUGCUGUUGCUUGGUUGAGACCAUUUUUGUCAGGCUCUGUGCCAUACAUAGAAAAACCAAAAAGAAGGGGACCGGCACAGUGUCGAGAUGGGAUCUCAUCCUGGCAGACUACAGGAAAAUCAGGCGCAGCAUUCUGGCCAAUGCUAUAGUGAUGAAGCAAACUAACCUUCAACUGCUGGAUGUGAGUCACACCACCCUGGUACAGUGGCAUAAUAAAAAAGUUAAACAGCAGGACACAGCAGUUGUGAUGCAGGGGCUGCAACUUCCAAGCCGCUUGUCUGUGGCGGCUGACCCCCUAUUGCCUGCCAAUGUGAGCCCCCCAUCUCCACCACCUCAGCCAGGCCCGGCUCACCAGUACCACUUGCCCAGUAGCACUGUGGGCCAGGCUAAACUAAAAAUAAAAAGGACCAUUUUGUCAGACCCACCAGCUUUGCCACCUGCUCAGAUGCAGCAAGCCCAACGGCAACUUAUUCCUGCUCCACCACCAGGGACUCAACUGGUCAUGCUGAUGCCAGUGGCCUCACAGGGGUCUUUGCUGGCUUCUGCUCCACCGGCUUUUGGGUUUGGCCUCUCUUCUGCCCCUCCUGCCAUUCCAUCCACACCUGGUACUGCUGUUGCUCCCGUUUGUAAUCUGACCUGCAAAGUACAGCAUAAUACAUGCUAG